ACUGGCGACUGCCCGAAGGGGGCCGGGCUCCCUCGGCAGGCCGGAACUCCCUUCUCUAGGUUGCUUGGGCAGCGGGAGGCUGCGGUGACAGGCUUGGUGUCAACCACGUUACCGCAGGGGUGGGCGCCUCAGCGUCACUCCCGCAGGAACCUCCAGCUGCCCUAUCCCAUGGCCAAGGGUAUCGUCCCCUGUGGAAGACCAGCCAGAAGCUCAAAGCCUGAAGCUGGGGCAGAUCCUCUGCUGUCCCCCAUCAUGGCAAUGACCCACCAGUACCCUGCCUUACUGUGGGCCCAGGAAGUUGGGCCAUGUUUGGCAGGCCGUGCCCGCAGGCUGUUGCCUACAGUUUUGGGGGUGCUCUUCUGCACCAUCCUCCUCUUGCUUUGGGUGUCUGUGUUCCUCUACGGCUCUUUCUACUACUCCUACAUGCCGACUGUCAGCCACCUGAGUCCUGUGCACUUCCACUACAGGACAGACUGUGAUUCCUCCACCGCCUCACUCUGUUCCUUCCCUGUUGCCAAUGUCUCGCUGGCUAAGAGUGGACGCGAUCGGGUGCUGAUGUAUGGACAGCCAUAUCGAGUCACCUUAGAGCUUGAAAUGCCAGAGUCCCCCGUGAAUCAAGACUUGGGCAUGUUCUUAGUCACCGUUUCGUGCUAUACCAGAGGUGGCCGAAUCAUCUCUACUUCUUCACGCUCAGUGAUGCUGCAUUACCGCUCCCAGCUGCUCCAGAUACUUGACACACUGGUGUUCUCCAGCCUCCUGCUGUUUGGCUUUGCUGAGCAGAAGCAGCUCCUGGAGGUAGAACUCUACUCAGACUACAGGGAGAAUUCGUAUGUGCCCACAACUGGAGCAGUUAUUGAGAUUCACAGCAAGCGCAUCCAGAUGUAUGGAGCAUACCUCCGCAUCCAUGCCCACUUCACUGGGCUCAGGUACCUGCUGUACAACUUCCCUGUGACCUGCGCCUUUGUGGGUGUCGCCAGCAACUUCACGUUCCUCAGCAUCAUCGUGCUCUUCAGCUACAUGCAGUGGGUGUGGGGGGGCGUCUGGCCCCGACACCGCUUCUCUUUGCAGGUAAAUAUCCGACAAAGGGAUAGCUCACGACAGGGUGCCCAGCAUCGGAUUUCUCGCCAUCAGCCAGGCCGGGAGGAGUCUACCCAGCAUUCAGACAUGACAGAGGAUGGUGAAAGCCCUGCAGAUCCCGCAGGAACAGAGGGCCAGCUAUCUGAGGAAGAGAAACCACAACGAAGGCCCCUGAAUGGAGAGGGGGAGCAAGAGCCAGAAGCUAGUGAUGGUUCAGGCUCCUGGGAAGAUGCAGCUUUGCUGACAGAGGCCAGCCUGCCUACCUCUGCCUCUACCUCCACCUCUGCCCUUUCCCCUGAGACUCUGGGUAGCCGUGAACCUUCUGCGAGCACCAUCAGGCAGCGUCCAACAUGCUCCAGUUCCUGAACAAAAAGACUCCUCACAUUCCAGCGCUUCCCCAUCUGACCCUUCUCCCCUUGUCAUCCCCCUUAAUAAACUAUUUUGUGCCAGGUG